CCUAUAUAUCCACAACUUUGCGAAAGGGAGCAAAGAGGCAGGGGAUUUCUUGAGCUAUCUUAUGUCCUACUAAAAGGAGCCGGAAUCAUAUUGCUGCCACACAUUUUCAGAUGCAUCAGAGAUGUGGAAAGUGCACACGAGAGACCCCCAGCCAAAGCAGACCGUAAAACACUUCCAGCCGGUAUUUCCACAGGCGGAGCAACA